AUGCGACGGAAUCGAGCUCCGACACCGCCAACCUCGCCCUACCGGGCCCUGGCGCACCAUCAUGCACAGCAUGGAGCGGCAGCUCAGGCGGCACAGCAGGCUCGUGAUUCGGUAUCUUCAGUGAUCAGAUCGUUCAACGUCGAAACCAACCCAAGUCGACCAGUGCGUCCCUCGCCACUGACUGCUUCCACCAUUCCCGACAUGCCCCUCGACUUGGUGGAUCGCAUACGUUCCUUUCCACUCUUCAUGUCUGCCCCCGACGAUUUCCUUGCCGCCAUCAUCUCCCAUCUCAAACUCCAACUCCAUUCCGCCCAUGACCACAUCCUUACCGAGGGAGACGAAGCGAAAGCAAUGUAUUGGCUAGUCCGGGGCGUUGUUGCUGUCACAUCUCGUGACGGUGAGGCCGUUUAUGCAGAGCUGAAGCCCGGUGCCUUCUUUGGAGAAAUCGGGGUUUUGAUGGACAUGCCGAGAACUGCUACCAUCAUUGCGCGGACGAAGUGCAUGCUGGCCGUGUUGAAGAAGGAGGAUCUUCAAGCUGAGCUGCCCAAAUAUCCAGAAAUGGGUACAGCUAUCCGUCAAGAAGCACAGGAGAGACUGUCCAUCCUCAAGAAGAAGCGUCAAGAAAGCGGACUCAGCAGCAGACUUCCCGACACGAAUGGCGCACAAUUAGCCCGUGAAGCUGUGCCUGGGGAGGUUAGCACAGGAGAAGUUGGUAUCAUUAAAGAGGGAGCCGUUGUCAACACCAAAAAGCGAAAGUCUCCAAGUCCAGGCGUCAUUGAGGAUCCAACAGUUGGUGGAAGCGCACUCGGCGGCGGCUAUGUCAACGUCCGAAAAACACUCAAAGAGCUACCUCUUUUCUCGAACCUGCCUCCGGAUAUCUUGCACUUCCUUGGCCUCAGUGCACAACCAAAGUCAUACUCACCGUUCACCGACAUUGUCCGUCAAGGGAGCCCUGGAAAUGAGAUCUUCUUCAUCGUCCGGGGAGAAGCUGAAGUCAUUCACGAACCUCUGAGCCCACCAGCCUUCAAGCGAGACACGAGGUCAGCAUUUUCACGGCCAAGGCUAAAACAAGGCCAGUAUUUUGGUGAGGUGGCAAGCUUGGGGCUUGCAGAGGGUAGAACAGCUACUGUCCGAUCCAUCACAGCCGUAGAAUGCCUGAUGAUUGGUGGGGAUGCGCUUGAAGAGUUGUGGAGGAGAUGUCCUCCGGAGGUCAGGUCACAGGUGGAAGAAACAGCAAAGCAACGCUACCAUUCUUCGGACGAAGACGUGGAUAUGACUGACCCCGAAAGCCAUGCGCUAUCGUCGGAUGAAGAGAAGCCCACAUCGAAUGAGAUAGAGGUGGCGUUGCCGACUGUCACCUUCACGACGCCAUCCAAGCCCGGCUCCCCAGCAAGUGAAGAUUCAGAUGUCACCAGACAGCCGUCUGACCCGGAUCCUUUUUUAAGUGUGGACAUGGAGAAUCUUCGUAACCGGCGUCGCAACUCGCUGGCCCCACCGGUUCCUCAAACAGACAACUCGGCCAUCGUCAGCCCCGUGAAGGUGCAGCCGGUCACUUCUAUCACGGUGCCGCUAUCGCCGGUUUCUCCGGAUGGCUGUCCUCUACCAGCUAAGCGCGCAAGGACCCUUUCACGGAGCUCCGCGACGGAACCAGGCGAUAGGAUAACGGCCAUAUCAGAUGACCUUUGGGUACAUGUUUUUCAGCACCUCGAUCUGCUUGAACUCAUACGAUUGAGAGCCGUCAGUAGAAAGUGGCGUCAGCUGUUGACUACGAGUCCGAACCUAUGCACCGAGAUUGAUCUCGCUCCGUUCAAUCGGAAAGUCAAUGACUGGGCUUUGGUCAAUAUCCUAGCGCCCUUUAUUGGGCAGCGGCCAAGCAAAAUAGAUAUCAGCAACUGCUUUCACAUCACCGACGAGGGCUUCCAGGCAUUGUACCGAUCGUGCGGCAGCAAUAUCAAGGUGUGGAAAAUGCGCAGCGUGUGGGACGUGUCUGCCGGUCUCAUUUUGGAUAUGAGCGAGAAUGCCAAGGGGCUUGAGGAGGUGGAUUGGAGCAACUGCCGCAAAGUCGGCGACAACCUGCUUGCUAGGGUAGUGGGCUGGGUGGUGCCUGAACCACCGCCACCACGCGAGAACCACAAGAAUGUGGUAAUAUCUAGCUCUGCUGCGAAGGGCAGGAGAUCCUCGCAGUACCAACAACGAGGACAGCAACAGGCCGGACAACCAGGAGCGCCUCAACCUCCACCUCCAGGCACGGUCAUCGGCUGUCCCCGUCUCCGCCGCCUUAACCUCUCGUAUUGCAAGCACAUUACGGACCGCUCCAUGGCGCACUUGGCUGCUCAUGCGUCCAAUCGCCUCGAGUCUCUUUCCCUCACCCGAUGCACCUCUAUCACCGACGCCGGGUUCCAGCAGUGGGGAGCCUAUCGGUUCACCGAGCUCACCCACUUGUGCCUGGCUGACUGUACCUACCUCUCUGACAACAGCAUCAUUGCCCUUGUCAACGCCGCCAAGGGGCUUACACACCUCGACUUGAGCUUUUGCUGCGCGCUCUCCGACACGGCAACUGAAGUUGUUUCGAUUGGUCUGCCCAAUCUGAAGGAACUCCGUCUCGCGUUUUGCGGUAGUGCUGUCAGUGACGCCAGUCUGGGAUGCAUCUCCCUCCACCUCAACGAACUCCGGGGGUUGAGUGUCAGGGGUUGUGUGCGAGUGACGGGUAACGGGGUGGAAAACGUGCUGGAGAACUGCCCGGCGCUGGAGUGGCUUGAUGUGAGCCAGUGCAAGAACUUGGGGAGCUGGUUGAUUGGGGGCGGCGUGGGGAGGUGGGGUUAUGAUGAGCGGAAUGGCGUUAGUGGGCAGAGGGGGAAAAAUGGGGAGGCUUGGGUCAUUGGAUCGCAGAAUGGGAUUAGUAGCGUGCGGAAUACACCUGGUGGGAAUAUGGGGCCUGGAGGAGUCGGAUAUGGGAGUGUCGGUGGGGGUGGGAGGGUGUCUAGAGGGGGGAAUAUAAGGACGAAUAUGGGACCGCCACCGUUGCCGGGGGUCAAGCCUUUGGGUCCUGGGCCGGUUAUGAGGCCUGUUAUUCCGCCACGGGGGGUGGUGAAUAAGAGUUUGAGGAGGCCGGUGAGGUUUGUUGUGGAGAAGGGGCCUGGUGGGUUGAGGUGA